GUUUUUCUUCCCUCCUGCCACGGGUUAAGUACCGUUGAAAUCGAACACUCACAUAACAGACUUCACUCAAACUUUGCGGCACAAAUCCUAUGGUAGUUUUCAACACACGACGUAAGCCAGGCCGGAUUUCGUACAGAGGAAGUGCUUCGAGUUCGAGCGGUUCGAUGCAUGCCCUCGUGGUUCUGCAUCAUCGACCACUUUUGUUUGUACUUGGUAGGCCCAUGUGCUUCAACAGUCACAGUAUAAAAGCUUGGAAGAAUGUCGCCUCCCUGCAACCUGAUUCGAGACUUCGCUCAAGAUGUUUUCUGCUACUUGUUUGCUGGCUAUCACUGCUCUUUCUGUUUCUUUCGCCGAGGCUAUAGUGUCUCCCGCGCACCAGGGUAUACCCUUUGUCGAGGGUGGUUCCCUUGAGUCGACUGCUUCCACCGAUCUAGACCUUACCUUUUCUGCUAUCAGUUUGGCUGACCAGAAAGGCGGAGACGCGAUAUCGCUUAACACCUCGGUCACUAUCGACCAAGCUGCUGAGGAGCGAUACACUCCGGAGGGUUACGAAUAUGUAUUUGGUCCUCUUCGCCGUGCUAAUAAUGCUCUCCACUAUAUGGGUUUCGUCUUCCUGGAUAGUUAUGACCCCAAGGCAUGUGCACAGGAAUGCAACAAACGGGGUUUCGAUAGCGUUGGAGGUGCAUGCAAGUACUUCAACAUCUGGAGAGCCGUCAAUAUUGUCACCCGUCAAGCUCAGUCUUAUACCUGUGCCAUGUAUUACAUUCCCACCGAUGCAUCGACUGCUACCAAUGCAGGCCAAGGCAACAUCACUGUCGACCUCUCUCGUGGUUACCGACGCUCCAGUCUCCUAUCGGACGGUGGUUUUGAUAGCUUCCAGUGCCCUAAUGGCGAAGCCUUCUGUUUCACCGACAAAACCAGUACUUGGACUGGCACCUCUCCCUUCGGAGGUCAUUUUGACGCUUCCAUCUUCCAUUUUGCCUACUACGCAUAUUACGGUACUGGUGUUGGUCUUCUGGGUUCUGCCGAUGGCAUGGACAAACUCCCAGGGACACUUUCUCCUUCCCACCCGCUCCAAACAAAGGCCGGGGGAACUUACGCCAUCCAGUUCUUCCUUUCAAGCGUGUUUAGUGGACCCGUUUUGGAAAAAGAGGCAUUCGUAUCCGUCGUCUGGAACGGCAACGUCGUUAAAACAUUCAAUACUGGAUAUGCCUCUUGGGCGUAUUACGAAGUUAUUGUAACCGCUGCAGGAGAUGAUCGACUCUCCUUCGUUGGAGGAAAGGCACCCGCGUUUACUUUUAUCGAUGAGGUCUACGUGUUUUUGGUCUAGGAUAUCGGGUGGCUGUAGUUUCUUGGAAGUGAGACGAUGAAACAUUGAAUAGAUGCCUCCGUUCUAUUUUUUGUACAUGAUGAAAUCAAAAUGGCGGUUCCUUCCCUCCUAAAAUAAAUACUGUAAAAGUUUUCG